AACUGCCCAACAAGGGUUUCAGACGAGGAGAGAGAAAAACUUUUCAGGCACUAUUGGAAGCUGGAAAAUUUUAAGGAUAAAGUUGAUUACAUUGCAGGCUGCGUUCAUGAGUUUGCUCCCCUUAGACCUGUCAGCGGUCGAAGAUCUUUCUCCAGGAGGUACAUGCUGAAGGUGAAUGGGAAAGAAGAGAGGGUGUGUAAGGAGUUUUUUGUGUCAACAUUUGAUAUAAGCGAGAGCACCAUUGUGACAUACAUGGGU